AUGGUUCAGUGUGUCGCUAUAAACUGUACGAAUCGAAGCGGACAGAGAGUGAGUUUAUUUGCAUUCCCAAAGGACGACAAACUAAGAAAUGCGUGGACUGUGAAGCUAAAACGACAAGACUUUGUGCCAACGAAACACAGUCGACUCUGCCAAAUCCACUUCAGUCCUGAAUGUUUCAGCAAGGAUCCCCGUAUCUCAGAAUCCAUAGGAUACGAACCGAAAUGUUUGAGACUUAAGACGGAUGCUGUGCCAACUAUUUUUGAUUUUUCUUCAACCCCGAAAACACCUCGUCCUGUUAAUACGACGCAAGUAGCCGAUUCGCCUUUCCUUUGGGAAACUCCAAACAGAAAACGGUCUAGGAGUCAAGUUAUACAGAAAAGACGCAGAUUGGAGGUUUUAUCCAAGAUAACAGAACUACAUCAAGGAAAUGAAACUGAAAAUGUGGAAAACCUGCAUAUGGAUGUUUGUACCAAUUUGUAUAGAUCGGACCAAUGCCAUAUUGAGACUCCGACCGAUUCAAGCACAACUGCUGAUAAAUGUGUUGGGUCAGAUGAACCAAUGAAUAAUUAUUCCGUGGGUUGUCAGACUUCUUACAAUGUACGACGGAGACAUGUUGGCCUUCAGGUAACAUCAAACUUGAAACCAAGAACUACAUCCUGUGCAGUACAGGCAACAUGCAGAAUGGAAACCUCAUCGACACAAUGCAACCGUUACAGAAAAAAGUCUGAUGAGUCAUCAGCAAAAUGUGUAGAUAGGAUAGAUGAUGAUGAUGAAGAGGAUGAUUCUAUACUACAUGAUCCAGACUGGGUACCGAUGUAA